AUGUAUAAAAUGGAAUAUUCCUACCUCAACUCGUCCGCCUACGAGUCGUGCAUGGCCGGCAUGGACACGUCCAGCCUGGCCUCGGCGUACGCGGACUUCAGCUCCUGCAGCCAGGCCGGCGGCUUCCAGUACAACCCCAUCCGGACCACCUUCGGCGCCACCUCGGGCUGCCCGUCCCUCACGCCGGGGUCCUGCAGCCUGGGCACGCUGAGGGACCACCAGAGCAGCCCCUACGCGGCAGUGCCCUACAAGCUCUUCACCGACCACGGCGGCCUGAACGAGAAGCGCAAGCAGCGGCGCAUCCGCACCACCUUCACCAGCGCGCAGCUGAAGGAGCUGGAGCGCGUCUUCGCCGAGACCCACUACCCGGACAUCUACACGCGCGAGGAGCUCGCCCUCAAGAUCGACCUCACCGAGGCCCGCGUGCAGGUCUGGUUCCAGAACCGCCGCGCGAAGUUCCGCAAGCAGGAGCGGGCGGUGGCGGCGGCGGCGGCGGCGGCCAAGAACGGCUCGUCGGGCAAGAAGGCGGACGCGUCGCGGGACGACGAGAGCAAGGAGGCCAAGAGCACCGACCCGGACAGCACCGGCGGGCCCGGGCCCGGGCCCAACUCCAACCCCAACCCGGCGCCCGGCUGCGGAGGCGGCGGCGGGCCCAGCCCGGGCGGGGCGGGCGGCGGCGGCGGGCCCGGGCCGGAGGCGGGCAAGGGGCCGGCGGGCGGCGGCUUGGCGGCGGCGGCGGCGGGGCCCGGGCCAGGCUGGGCGCCCGGGCCGGGGCCCAUCGCCUCCAUCCCGGAUUCCUUAGGCGGGCCCUUCGCCAGCGUGCUCUCCUCGCUGCAGAGACCCAACGGCACCAAAGGCGGCCCCCUGGUCAAGAGCGGCAUGUUUUGA